AUGCCGCUUGGUUUUGGUUUUGGGACAGAGUUGGAACAGUAUGUUCCCUAUAAGCCGCCAAUAGAAGAACUUCAUCAAUUUUUGGACUUUCAGCUUCCAAGACAGUGGGCUCCUGUUUACUGUGAUCUUCAACUUGGUCCACAGCGGAGGAAGCAGAGCAGUGCAUCUCUUCAGUUUGCCUUCAUGGGCCCAAAGCUUUAUGUUAAUACCAGCGUGGUGGAUGUGGGGAAGAAGCCUGUGACUGGACUCCGGCUAUAUUUGGAAGGUAAAAGGAGUAACAGAUUAGCAAUCCAUCUGCAACAUCUUUGCUCUCGUCCACAAUUUUUUCAGCUUGGUGACAAUGCAAGUAACCACUUUUCUACCGAUUCUCAUGACCGAAAGUACUACGAGCCUGUUUCUUGGCAGCGCUUUUCUCAUGUCUGCACAGCUCCUGUUGAAGCUGAUGAUGAUCUUUCAAUUGUCACUGGGGCUCAGUUGCACGUAGAGUAUCAUGGUCUAAAGAAAGUCCUUUUCCUUGGCCUCCAGUUCUCGUCAGUUUCUAAUGCUGUGUUGGUCAAAGAUCCCGAGUGGGAAGGGUCUCCAAACUUGGUGCAAAAGUCUGGUCUCUUUUCAACACUCAUGAGCACUCAUUUCUCCAUGGCUAUCCAGAAACCUCCGCCAAGGCCAGCAGAUGUGAACAUCAACUCAGCGGUGUAUCCAGGCGGCCCACCAGUUCCAGUUCCUCCAAAGUUGCUCAAGUUUGUCGAUACAACUGAGAUGUCACGAGGCCCACAGGACAGCCCAGGGUAUUGGGUGGUCUCCGGUGCGAAGCUGCAUUUAGAGAGGGGCAAGAUCUCACUGAGGGCCAAGUAUUCGCUCCUGACAGCAAUUCUGCCAGAUGAAGAGUAUGAGUAACACGCGAAGGAAGCGAAGUUGCGAUAUAAUCAAGAAUUUGUUCAUUGAAUUUCUGUCCUGUGUUUUCAGCUCGAUGGCAUUGUUCUUUUAGCUAGUAUAUCAUACUUGUAAUUGCUUUAAAUAAUCACCACUAGUUGCCGAUGAAAAUGCCAUUGCACUGUUUCUGAUGUUCUCA